AUGUGGCCACAUAAGGAAGGGCUUGGGGUUCGACUAAGUUAUGGUGUAAAUGGGAAUGGGUUAUUGAAUAUAAAGUCAAACAAUCUGGAAUUAGAAACUAAAGAAGGUGAUGAGGAUAACAACACCAAAUUACAGUCUCAUGUUCUUUUUCCGAGAAUACAACCAAUAGUUGAAAAUCAAUAUUAUGUAUCAAGUACCAAAAAAUUAUUAAAAACUCCUUUAAAUUCUUCAAUACUUGAUGAUCAAAUAUUAAAUUCAACUUCAAAAAUCACUAGAAAUGCAUUAAAUUCAAGUUAUAUACCAAAUCAAAUUAUAUCAUCUUAUGGAUUAGAAAGUUCAGCAAUAGAAUCUAAAUUUGCAUAUGAUCCAAUUUUUGGAGAUAUUGUUAAAAAUUUUAAUAUGCAAUGUUCAAAUAGUUCAAAUGAAGAUUAUAAUGGUCUUAUUUAUGUUACAGGAUCUUCAUUAUCUAUUUUAAAUUUUGCAAUUUUAGUUAAUUUCCCAUCAAUUAAACAUAUGAAAUUAUCUGAACCUUAUGAAAUUGAUUUUUUAGAUAAUAUUAGACAAAUUGAUAUUAAAAAUGAAAAACAAAAGCUAGUAAUUUUAGUAAGAACUAAUAAUAAAAUUUAUGUUUUAACAAGUAAAUUAAUACAAUUUUCAAAUAAUUCAAAAUCAAGUCCAAAUUUUGAUAUCUCAAUUAUAAAAGAAAUAAAUUCAUUUAAUUUUGAUAAUUCCACAUUUGCUGAUGUAUCAAUUUAUUCUAAUGAUAUUAAAAAAUUUGCUAUUAUUGAUAUUUCGGGUAAUUUAGCAAUAUGGGAAAUAAAUGAAAAAUUUACAAAAUGUAUUAAACAAAGUGAAAAGAAUUUAAAAUUACCUUUACUGAAGUCACAAGAUCUUUCCAAUUGGGUUAAAUUAAAUUGGAUUUUUUCAUCAAAUGAACUGAGUCGAUUAUUAGUUUCAACAAGAACCAAAACAUAUGAUUGUGAUAUGAUCAAUAAUACUUAUUUUUUAUUAAUGACUUCUGAUACAUGGUCAAGAUUAAGAGAUGUUUGUGUUUUAAAUAACUACAUUUUUUAUCUAACUUCAAAGGAAUUAAUUUGGUUUAAAAUUGAUUCAAAUCCUAAAAAUGGUGUAAAAUAUGAAAGAUUAUUAUCAUGGAAACAUUUUCUUAAUGAUGACGACCCAUCAUUAAAAUGUUCAAUUAUGGAAAAUGAUGAUAUUUUUUCAAUUUUUAUUUUCUCACAAAUUAGUCCCAUAAUCAUUGUAUAUACAUUCGGUUUUCAAUAUGGAAAAGCCGUCAGUCUUCAAGAUCCUUAUAUAUUGAAAGGAAAUACGUUUGGUCUAAAACAAAUUCUACCUAUGAAAGAUGGAAAUUCAGCUACUUGCUUAGUAGAACUAUCCUCCAAUUUGAAUUUACUGGUAUCGUUUUUACAACAUGGAACUUCUACUGAUAUUGUUGGACCAUCUCAACAGAAUCCCAAAGUAUUGCAGAAGGAUAACAUAAGAAAAAGCAAACCAAACACAAAAAAGUUAAGAAAGCUUUAUCAAUAUUUGGCUGAUCUCAAAAGCAGAAACUUAAAUGUAAAUUCCGAUCAAAUAUUACAACAAUACGCUACUGCUUUAAGCUCAAAGUUUGAAAGUGAAUCACAAACAGAAGAAAUCAAGUUUGAUCGUUACACCUCAAUUCUUGAAAUUGAAAAUAAAAUUCCAUUAAAUAUAAAUGAUAUUUAUGAAUUAGAUGAUUUGAUAGUUCAAUUAAAGAAUAGUACUUAUAUGGAAAAUUUAGAUAUUAAAAGUUUUAUCAACAAUGGGUUUAUACAGAAAAAUGGUUUUAUUAAAACUUCAGAUUCACAAUCACAUAUUUUUAAUAUAUAUCAACUUCUACAAGAACUUUUCAAAACUCAAAAUUUGUCAAAUUCAAUAAUUAACACUUCAAUUAUAUUAGGUUUGUCAUUGAUUAAAUUUGAAAUAAAAUCAAAUAAUGUCUAUAAAACAAACUUUGAAACAACCAAAUCUGAAUCAUCUGAAAAAGUUCAAGAAUUACUCGAUCUAUGGGACGAAGAUGAAACUUUUGUGAAGCCUCAACAACCAACUAGAUAUGAAUCGGAUGUAUCAUCACAGUAUAACACAUUACCAACAUUGAAAUCAAGUCAAGUUCAUUUCAGUGAACCUACUCAACCUUCAAUAUCUCAACUAGAUCCUUCUCAAAAUUCAAGAAUGAAACGUCAAGCACCAAUCAAAUCAUCAUUAUCUCAACCUAUUAGAUCAUCUCAAUUAAAUUCACAAUCAUCAUCACAACAAAAACGUAAAAAGAAAAAAACAAAAGGAUUCGGUUAA